AUGCUGCUUUCGUGCGUGGAGAAGCAGGGCAAGUACCGCGAGUCAUGGACGCUGCGCCGCAUCGCCUUUGACACGGAGAGGAGCAUGCUGUACUGCAGCGACAAGGAGACGGAGUUCCGCGUGGUGUGGAAGCACCAGAUGCGGGUGGUGCGCAUUAUCGCAAAGCCCAGUGUUGUGGACAUCAAGUACGACGCGCCGAACUUCGACAAGCGUGACCUCUUCUCCUUCAAGGUGGAGGGGAGCUUCCGCCACCUCGACGUCUCCGUGCUCUCGCACGUGGAGCAGCCUGUGGAGAGGCACGCCGUGACCUGCCCCCUCCCCCCGCACUCCCCUGCCGACGCGAAGAAGGGGAAAGACUCGGGCAGCGGGGAGAUGCUCGCGUGGUACAUGCGCACGGACAACGAGACCGAUUUCAUGAAAAUCUACACCACGAUUCGUGAGGUGAUGAUUCGUGACGGGAUGCGGCCGCCGCAGUUCUGGGGCCUGCCGAAGAUGGACCCCCGCAUUGACGUUCCGCUGGCGGAGCCGCCCCUGUACCUGUGGUUCCGCCUGCGGGCCGUGAAGCACACCGUGUUCUACGCCUGCGUGCACGGCCGCCUGGUGCUGAAGGGGGCGGACCUGUCGACCCCGGGGAGCUCCGUCGCCCUCUGCGAGGAGCCGCUCUACCUGACGCUCUUCGACAACUCCGUGAUGGUCAUCCGCGACGACCGGCACGUCGUGACCGGCAUCCCCGCCGUCAACAUCAAGGCCCUGCACUACUCCACGAUGGAUGUGGAGGCCUCCGUGAAGGAGCCGAAGAAUGAAAAGUGCCGCUGCUUCCUCUCGUUCCUCUCGAACGAUUUGAGGUACCACGACAUCCUCUUCGUGCCCACGCUCGAGCGCUUCGCCGACGCGAACGCGGAGAACGCCCCCGCCGCGCAGGUGAACCGUGUGCAGACAGCCUUCACUAAGCUGGCCCCCGUGACGCAGCAGACGCGCUGGGCGGCCGACCUGCCGGACCUCCCCCCGGCGGAGGUGAAGAAGGCCUCGGAGGUGACGGCCGGCCACGAGGAGGGCGUGGAGUCCGCCAGGCACGGGCUGCUCGACGUCUACGCGCGCGCCCAAAACGCGCUGUCGCCGCUCCGGCUGCCGGAUCCGGUCAUGCUGCAAAAGACCAGCGUCACCGGGCAGCACCUCCUCGGCCCCCUGCCGGCGCCCCACCGCCUCCGCACGCUGGCGUCGCGGGUCGGCGUCACGAUGAAGAAGGCCCUCACGGACUACCCGCUGCGCUACGAGUACUUCUCCUCGGGCGCCACCGUGGCGGACCCGACGUGCCCGCGGAAAGAGCCCGACGCCCUGGAGGAGUACUUCUUCCUCAUCCGCACGUACUGA